AUGGCGCCCAUCCCAGUGACAAUCGUCACCGGUUUCCUAGGCUCAGGAAAAACAACCCUCCUCCUAAACCUAAUCCCGCAACUCCCACCAACCUACCGCCUCGCCCUACUUAAAAACGAAUUCGGCGAUGUAGCCGUCGACUCCCAACUAGCCACCGCACAAUCAAUCUCCGGAGUCCGCGAACUCCUAAAUGGCUGCAUCUGCUGCAAUCUCGUCGGCCAGCUCAGCGAUGCCCUCGAACAACUACGCACAGAGGUCAUACCGGACCGAAUCGUCAUCGAAACGAGCGGCAGCGCAUUCCCCGCCACCCUCGCCAUGGAAGUGAACCGGCUCGCGCGCGAGGGGCCCUCCGCGGGCCAGUUCACGCUCGACGGCGUGAUUAGCGUCAUCGACGUCGAGAAUUGGGAGGGGUAUGAGGAUACGUCGUAUACGGCGAAGAUCCAGGCGAAAUAUACGGAUCUGAUUGUUUUUAACAAGUGGGAGGGAGUACCGGAGCAGCGGUUUGAUGUUUGUCUUGAUCGGGUGGGGGAUUUGGGGGUUGAGACGCCGUGGGUUAAGUCUGUGAGGGGUGUUGUGGAUAAGGAUGUUUUGCUGGGGAUUGAUGGGGCGUUGUUUGCGAAGGAGGAUGGGGGGAAUGAUGCUGGUGUUCAGAAUGGCGACGGCCAUGGUCAUGGCCAUGAGCAUAAACAUGAUCAUCAGUCCGAGGUGGAGGUGUUGUCCGUUGUUCUGAAGGGAUCGGCUGCUGGAAAAACGGUUGAUGUUGAAGCGUUGGAAAAUCUACUUUCCGCCGCGCCGAGGGAGGAGGUCUAUCGCAUCAAGGGAAUUAUUCGCUCUUCGGGCCAAAAGCCACCUGCUGAGUCUUCGGAUGAUCUUCAGACGAGGAAUACUGGAGAUGAUGCUAGUCGGUAUUAUAUCCUUAACUGGGCUUUUGGCAGGUGGACUGCGACGCCGUCGACUGUUGUUGCGGAAUCCGCUGAUGAAACGAUCGUUGCGAGAUUGACCCUCAUCUUGGCUCGGUAUGAAUCUGCCAAGUGGAAGAAGAAGCUUGAAGCAGGUGGCCUGGUGAAGGCUGUUGAGGAUGGAGAGGUUGAGUUGGUUGUGAACCGGUUGGUUUGA